CCCGCUCCGAACGCGCUCUGGCGGCUUUUGGCAUCCACCCACUCGCUGUUAGGCUCUGCGCGUUGUUGCCAGUCUACUGUCGACAUUGCCUGGCUGGAACACGCAUGUUCGAUUCGGCACUCGCGAUAACACGUUUCUCCGAAUUGACAUUGUUCGCGCCACAUUAAAGUUGAUACCUUAUUGACACGAAUUGCUUUUUAUUGGACUCUCAAAUUUACUGUGUUUAACAAGCUUAUUCUAAAGUGACUUUAAAACUUUUAUUUAACUUCAGUGGUCCUGUGAAGUUUAUUUGAAUUGGAAGUCGCGUCGAUACCUACCGGACUGGUCGGCGAGGUGAGACAUCAAAAUGAGACGAAAAGCCUUGAGGGUACCUGUCAAAAUGGAAGCGUCUCAAAACAUCGCCACCAGACUUCAAAGCUCGUUCUCUACAUCAAACGCGUUCAGAGGAACAUCAAUCUAAAGAGGCUAUUAAAACCCAAUUCAAUCAUAAAAACAAACAUGACAGGCUAUUUCUGUACAACUGUGGUUGAAUAAUUUAACACAUGAGUUUUGAACAAAACCACGUCGGUACUGGGAGAGUGAGUUUUACCACAUAUCCAAUUUCUACUUCAGUGAUGCAGCCUAUCAAUAAUUUCGUACGGCAGGGACUUCUGGACCAGGCCGAGACACGUCUUGGCGAGUUACGGCCUAUUUAUCAGCCCGAUAUUUUACAAGUUCCCUACUACAAUUAUGCUGAAAAUCCACUACCACCUUUCGCUCUUCCCACGGUACCGAUGGCACCAGCUUUACCCGGAAUGACAGCCGUAGAAGAAGAAAAGAUUGACGUAGGAGUUGAAGAAAUCAACCCGAGUGGGAUGAUUGUAGCCAACACGGUUGAGAAUCCUGUCACGUUAUCACCCCAGCUGGAAUUUAGCCUUAGGAUUAAUUAUCAAUUGCAAGAGUAUCACGCGCAGCUUAUGCGUUUGCAUGAAGACGUCCUGCGCAAGGCUCAGGAAGCCAACUGGCAACGCUAUAUUUAUGAAAAUAUUCCACAAGGGCAUACGGCUCAUUCUAUUGACAAAAUUUUACACCUGCCUACAUUCAUCGAUAAAAAUAGGCCCUACCAUACUUAUCUCCAACAAACCCUCAUACAAGAGGAACAGCAGAGGUCGGCAACUAGCAGCGAUCCGAUGAUCAAUGUAAACAGGAAGCUCGAGUUAAAAAGUCCUUACCAAAUACAAAAUGUACAAGAAAAGGGCCUGCAAACGGAUUUGCCAGAAAGAUCGCAAGAUAUAGAUAACGAGUAUAAAAAUAACCUCCAGGUGCAGCUGGGCCAAAGAAGUGCACCAAAGCCUGUAGAUCUUGUGUUAUACAAUCCUGCACCACAACCGUUGCCUCCUACACAAUAUACAUAUCAAAACUAUGACGAGCCUCUCAAUUUGGCCAUGCCGAAGAAAUCUGAUAUGUCCGAAUGGGGGCUUGCUACUCCACCAGCACCAGCUCACAGCAAUACGUCAGCUUCUGAACAGUUCCAAACAGUUGUUCCAGACCCGAAGCUUGUUAAGCGCAAGAAGUCCACUGAUGACGCACGCUCACCUAUUGGUGGUGAAGGUUCAAUGACAAGUGAGGAAGGGGAGGAUUCUGGUGCAGGGCGCCGAAAGAAGGCACGGACCACUUUCACGGGCCGACAAAUCUUUGAACUAGAGAAACUGUUCGAAGUGAAGAAGUACCUUUCCUCUGGUGAACGAGCCGAAAUGGCAAAGAUGCUUAAUGUCACCGAGACACAGGUAAAAAUUUGGUUCCAAAACCGCCGAACCAAAUGGAAAAAGAAGGAUCGCAUAUCGAACGGCGAGGUCGCCGAAUUCAGAAACCAAGGCAAAUCGUGCAACGAGAAGAAACAGCCACAACAGCAACAUACGACCCCAGAGGAAACUUCGAAAUUGAACCAACCUCUCCAGUCCUACCAAGACCUCAACCCUUCUAUUAUUACCCAUACCCAAUCUACAGGUUUCAAAAGAAAUACAACGAGAAUAUUAUGCGAGAAAAUAAAAAAUUCUAAGCAUGUCCAACCUGUAAGCCAAAACAUAAUGCCAAAAAUACGUAAAAAUAAUAAUUUAGAGACGACAGACGAUAUAGAAACAAAAAUAAUAAUAUCGAAAAUAACUAACAAGUUAUUGAACACUGCCAUUAACGAGGAUAGUGGUAGGGUGACAGUAAAAAGUAUGAAUCCGGAAAUCAGCAACAUUGAAUCUUCUAGCAAAGAUAACAUUGAUGUGUAAAUCUCAAACGUUCAUAGUCAUUUAUUUAUUUUUAAUCUUACUUUAUUAGAUCUAACUUUCAAUUCAAACGAUUUUUUCAGUUCUCAAAUAAUGUAGGUAUUCUUUUAGUCUUAAUACGUAAUCUUUUAAGCGUUAAUUUCCUAUUAAUGUAUAAUAAUUUAAAACGUUUUUUUAAUGUCGCGAGUUGAGGCUGUAAUUUUUAAUGGUCCAGGUAAGUC